AUGGCGAGUUCGACCUCCGCAACACAGAGUCAUCAUUCAAGGUCUCAGAGGGAUGGGUCGGGUUUCGAGUCUGACCAGGAGGAGGGUGAGUCACUGGGUCCCAAGUACUCUUACAUAGGAGAACAGGGUUUAUCGGGCGAUGACGAUGACGAUGAGGAGGAGGCUGAUGACAUUAUUCAUACGAAUAGGGGUGCUGAUGGAAGAUUUGUAAGUACUCAGGAGACUAGUCAUAGUCCGACUCUGAUACAGGACAGCUGGUUAGUGAGUACGCCGAUGGCCGGUGGUCCAGAGGAUGGUAGUGUUAUUCCUAGCUAUGGUGGUCAUGUUGCAGCUUCAAUUUGGGGUGGUGUGGAGCGAGGUGUUUUGAGAUGUAUGAGUAGGAGAAAGAUGUGCACUGCACUAGAUCAGCUGCGACAGUCGUUAUUACCAGAGACAUUAGCCCCGAUAGAUCAGAGCGGGCUAUCACAUCUUCCUGGUAUUAUGUAUCAGCACCUCGACUGGCCCUUGAUUUCAGCAUUCGUGGAGAGAUGGCAGCCAGACACUAACAACUUUCAUUUGCCGUUCGGUGAGAUGACUAUCAUGUUACAUGACGUGUAUCAUAUCCUUGGGAUCUCUGUAGAUGGUACUAUGGUUUCUACUGUUAUGGACCCCCUACAGUUACGACAGUAUUGUUCGUUCAUGAUGGAUUUGCCUGUCAAGGAGCUACGUAAACCCACUUACGCGCCUAGUGGCGCGCUUUCUUCGAAGGUCCUCGAGACGAGCUUCAAUGUUGAGAGGCCCCUUGAGAUCUACGUGGUGUCCUUUUUGUGGAUUUUACUAGGUUCAUCACUCUUUGUGGACAAGAGUGGUAAUAAACUUCAUCCCUCCAUCAUCCAUGAGCUUCAGCCUGUCGAGGGUACAUUUAUCACUAGUUCCUACUCAUGGGGCUCUGCUACUUUAGCGUAUUUGUACCGUCAGUUGGGGCAGUCCUCACGGGGAGAUUGUGAUUUCAUCUCUGGUUGUCUCACGCUUCUUCAAGCGUGGAUUUAUGAGUAUUUUCCAUGCUUUCUCCCUCAGCAGGGCACUCUGACUAGGGAGCCUGGACGUCCACGUGCAUUGUUAUGGGAUGUUGGUUCGCCACCGAAGAGCCCAGAUCGGCUUUACGCUUUUCGUGCUCGACUUGACGUGUUGACUGACAUUGAGGUAAACUGGAUGCCUUACGGACCUGACCCUGCCAGUGUUGUUCCAACGACGUUGUUCUCGGGAUUUUUACGGUAUCGCAAAAUCAUUGAGCCGUAUAUGCCUGAUCGAGUUGUCAAACAGCUUGGGUUAGUACAAGUGGGUUGGACGCUUCGUUGA